AUGCGCUACUACAAGGACUACGGUCUAGCGAUCGAAGGACUAGUCCGCUACCACAAAGUCGACCCGCUAGAAUACAACCGCAAAGUCGACGACGCGCUACCGCUCGAGGACAUCAUCAAACCCAACCCGCAGCUACGGAAGCUGCUUGAGGAUAUCGACAGGAGCAAAGUCCGGCUAUGGCUGUUCACCAACGCCUACAUUACCCACGGCAAGCGCGUAGUCCGGCUGCUGGAGGUGGAUGAUCUGUUCGAGGGGAUCACGUACUGCGACUACGGCGCCGAGAGGUUCAUCUGCAAGCCGAACAGGGAGAUGUAUGCGAAGGCGAUGAAGGAGGCUGGCGUGUCUGCCAUGUCUGAUUGCUACUUUGUUGAUGACUCUCACAUCAACGCAAAGGCAGCCCAGGCCCUAGGCUGGACGUCGGUGCAUCUUGUCGAGGAGACGGAGCUGGCGCCAGAACAUCAAGGGGCUAAGUACCAGAUCCGGCAUCUCGAAGAACUGAGGGACAUCUUUCCUCAGUUCUUCAAGUCGCGCAACAAGGAUCGGUCCGACGCGGCAGACGGGACAGAUUAA